AUGUUUUCGACAUGGCCAGCAAAAAGUAAAGACACGACUGACAAAAGCAAAUUGGCACCCGCUGGUUUUGAUUUCAAGUGUGGCCUAUACAACAAAGUAUGUAAAUCAGCAGGUGUCCUUACAUUACACAAUAGUUGCAUGUAUUUACCCGAACCCUUUAGUACUGCAGUUAAGCCUUCCUCUAAGGCAAUACUUCAGUUGAAGUCUGCAUUCUCAUCACCAGUGACACUUAAAGAUACUGACCAACCCGUAACAGCUAAACACAAGGUUAAUGACCCCACAGAUAACAAGGCUUGUUCAAUCAAGCGCCUUAAGGAAAGAGUCUAA